AUGGAGUUUGCAGCACAGAUAAUAGUUGAAUCGUCUGCAUACUGGACUAUUGUAGCAUUUGGGAUACUGUGGUGGAAGUCAUUAAUGAAGAUGUUGAACAAUAAUGGACCUAAUAUGGAUCCUUUGGGUACUCCAGUGACAUUGCUGAGUUUCUAUAUAGAAAAUUAUCAGUUCAUUCUAGCUGUGUUUUUUGCUGUUGAAGUAAUAAAUCAAAACAUGACUCUUCUGCCAAAUAUCACUUUGGGAUUACAAAUGUAUGAUUCCUGUUAUUCUGAGAGAAGAGGAUUUACCGGUGCCCUCACCAUGAUAUCAGGAAACAAAGUACUUGUUCCGAAUUACAGAUGCCUUGUCAAUAAAAGUCUGGCUGGUAUUAUAGGUGACUCUUCAGUGACCUCUCCUACUGUUGCAAGAAUAUUAGCAAUUUACCGGUACCCACAGAUUGCAUAUGGUUCUGUGGUUUCCACACUGAGUGACAGGAGCACUUUCCCAUCAUUUUUCCGCACAUUACCAAGUGAUUCCUUUGGUGCGGUUGCUUUAGCACAUUUCAUUCUUCACUUUGGUUGGAACUGGGUUGGAAUUCUGGCUUCUGAUAAGGAUUAUGGUGUUCUGGGAGCACAGAGAGCAAAGGACGUACUUCAGCAAAAUGGGUUCUGUGUGGCAUUUCUAGAAACAAUCUAUAUAGAAAACACUAAAGCAAAAAUUCAGCAUAUAGCUGAACAAAUAAAGACAACAUCUGUGAAGGUCAUCCUGGUUUACUCUAGGUAUGAGCCAAUGUAUAAACUAAUGGAAGACCUUUACCAACAUAACAUAAACCAUAUUGUCUGGCUCGGAUCACCUGGGUGGUCUGUUUCUCCAGGUUUUUCCAAAAUUGUAAGACAAAAGCUUUUAAAUGGUACAGUAACUCUUUAUGCUCAUAAAGGUGAUAUUCCAGGAUUCAGGGAGUUCUUGUACAAUAUCCAGCCUUCUCAUCACACAGAUGACAUUUUUAUCAAAGAGUUCUGGUCAAGUGUGUUUGGCUGUAGCUGGCUGGACAAUGCUACAAAACAGGAUGCAGCAAAGCAACCAAUACCUUGUACAGGUACUGAGAGCCUAACUGCACUUGGGAAGUCAGUGUAUGAGGAGGAGGAAUUCCGCUAUACCUACAGUGUUCACAAUGCAGUCUAUAUGUUAGCACAUGCCUUACAUGACCUGUCAUCAUGCAUGUUUCCAUGGGGACCAUUUGUAAAUGGAUCUUGUGCUAGUAUUCAUGAUUUUCAUCCUUGGCAGGUUGCAUAUGGUUCUGUGGUUUCCACACUGAGUGACAGGAGCACUUUCCCAUCAUUUUUCCGCACAUUACCAAGUGAUUCCUUUGGUGCACUUGCUUUAGCAUAUUUCAUUCUUCACUUUGGUUGGAACUGGAUUGGAAUUUUGGCUUCUGAUAAAGAGUAUGGUGUUCUGGGAGCACAGAGAGCAAAGGACGUACUUCAGCAAAAUGGAUUCUGUGUGGCAUUUCUAGAAACAAUCUAUGUACAAAAUACACAAGAAAAAAUUCAGCAUGUAGUUGAACUGAUAAGGACAACAUCUGUGAAGGUCAUCCUGGUUUACUCUAGGUAUGAGCCAAUGUAUAAGCUAAUGGAAGACCUUUACCAACAUAAUGUAAAACAUAUUGUCUGGCUGAGUCCUACUGGAUGGUCAGUUUCUCCUGGUUUUUCAAAAGCUGUAAGGCAAAAGCUUUUAAAUGGCACAAUAAGUCUUUAUGCUCAUAAAGGUGACAUCCCAGGAUUCAGGGAGUUCUUGUACGAAAUCCAGCCUCUUCAUUACACAGAUGAUAUUUUUUUCAAAGAGUUCUGGUCAAGUGUGUUUGGUUGUUCCUGGCUGGACAAUAGUACAAGGCAGGAAGCAGAACAAGAAACAAUACCUUGCUCAGGUAACAAGAGCUUAACUGUACUUGGGAAGCCUGUAUAUGAGGAGGAAGAGGAAUUCCGCUACACCUACAGUGUUCACAAUGCUGCGUAUAUGCUGGCUCAUGCCUUACAUGACCUGUCAUUGUGCACAUCUCCAAGGGGGCCAUUUGUAAAUGGAUCCUGUUCUAGUAUUUAUGAUUUUCAUCCUUGGCAGCUCACUUAUUAUAUGAGGAAUAUCCACUUUAAGAACACUGGAGGUGUUGAUAUAUUCUUUCAUGAAAAUGGAGAACCACCUAUUGUGUAUGACUUUAUGAACUGGCAUGAGCUGCAAGAUGAAUCCAGCAAGUACGUAGCGAUAGGAACAUUUGACGCACAUGCACCUAAAGGUCAGGAAGUUACCCUAAAUGAGACAGCCAUCAUGUGGGGUGAAGGAUACAUACAGGCUCCUCGCUCUGUUUGCAGUGAGAGCUGCUCACACGGAUACAGAAAACUAGUUCACCGUGGACAGCCAGUCUGCUGCUAUGACUGCAUCCUCUGUUCAGAAGGAGAGAUUUCAAAUCAGAGUGAUGCCAUUUUCUGCACCCCAUGUCCUAAAGACACAUGGUCAAGUGAUAACCGAAGCAGAUGCAUUCCUAAAAUUAUUGAAUUCCUGUCCUAUGAGGAACCUUUAGGCAUUAUCCUGACCUUCAUUUCUACAACUGGCUCUGCAGUUACUCUAAUACUCUUCUUUGUUUUCAUCAAAUUCCGUGACACCCCACUUGUGAAGGCAAAUAAUCGUGACCUCAGCUACAUUCUGCUCAUCUCAUUGGUUCUUUGUUUUCUCUGCUCAUUAAUAUUUAUAGGUCAGCCUGGGAAAGUGAACUGCUUGUUCCACCAGACAGGCUUUGGUGUUAUUUUCACUGUUUGCAUUUCAUCCAUUCUUGCAAAAACAGUAACUGUGGUCAUUGCAUUCAGUGCUACCAAACCAGGAAGCCAGACAAAAAAGUGGCUGGGGACCAGGGUUCCAAAUGGACUUGUUGUUUGCUGCUCUGCAGUCCAGCUGCUACUGUGUGUUGUUUGGCUGUCCACCUCUCCACCUUUCCCAGAUGUUAACAGGAAUUCAGCAAAGGAGAAAAUUAUUUUUCAGUGUAAUGAAGGAUCAGUGUUUGCCUUCUACUGCAUGCUGGGAUAUCUGGGACUUCUGGCGAGUGUGUGUUUCAUUGUGGCAUUUCUGGCAAGGAAGCUGCCAGAUAGCUUUAAUGAAGCUAAAUUCAUCACAUUCAGCAUGCUUGUGUUUAUCAGUGUCUGGCUAUCCUUCAUCCCAGCGUAUCUCAGUACACAAGGAAAGUAUAUGGUGGCUGUAGAAAUAUUUGCUAUUUUAUCCUCAAGUGCAGGUCUUCUGAGCUGCAUAUUUUUCCCCAAGUGUUAUAUUAUCCUUCUUAGACCAAAUAAGAAUACAAAGGAACAUUUAAUUGAUAAACUAUAUAACAAAAGGAAAAAAAAAUUG